AUGACGCCUUCUACACCUAGAUCUGCCCGCAAAAAGGGGCGCAAGAACAUCUCGCGCGAUAGGAAGCAUCGCAUAAGAAAGAUAUCCUCUCCGAAGUCCCCACGGUCGACUCUAGCCCAAGCCCGCAGAACAACAUCCGGUAGAACCGGAAAAAGAAGAGCUGACGGAGGAGGAACGGGGGUGGGAACGACAAGCGGUCGAAGCAAGCUCGUUAGGGCCGCUGGCCACAACCGAACCAAGUUUGACCAACGUAGAACUAGUCCCCGGUCCUGGAAAUACUCUAAAAGGACUAUGAAUCUGAUCUCCACGGAGCCAUAUGAAAAGAACUGCCUCCAACGCGAACCAAUACCAGACACUUAUGUCUUUGUUCCCAGGGGAGACGUCUACAUUACUCGCAACUGCCGAAGUAAGACCAAGGAGACUCGCCGGCUAGUAUACAAGGUUUACGAUAACGCAGGGAAGACCCCUCUGGGAAUCCGGGUUCCAUCCGAUAUCUACAAUGCCGUCGUACAGUCCGCUGCAGAGACAGCCGACUCCCGGGCGAACGCGGUCAAGGUUCGUGACGAGAAAGACCUAGCUCGCUCACGCCAGCUCCUCCGUACCCAGUUCCCUUUGAUGCCAGCCGAAUCGCUGGACAAGGUUCUCAACCAUGCAUUUCUCAAAGGCUCGGGCCGCGUGGGACGGACCUCGACCAAGACCGAUGGGCGCAAAGCGGUGCUCGCUGUGGAAGCACAUAUUCGACACGCGCAUACCCCGUACGAAUCGCUCCUCAAAUCCGGCAAAGGGCGAGACGAAGCCCGUAAAGCAGUCUGGGGAAUGGUGCAGACUAUCCGGUCGGCUUGGGAAGCGCACGGUACGCAGCCAAUGGGUCUCCUUGCGGUGCGCAACCGGAUGGGGGAUUGAUUAGCCUGGCACUACGGAGUACUGCUUAGCAACACUUUCAACACGCCAUGUUUCAUGCAUGAGGAGUUUGGGAUACUGGCUGCGCAACCUGACCAAUAGUCGAUAGCUGUUUUUUUUUUUCUUUUUGCUUUGGAUUCAUGACUGCAUGACGACAUGAGAAACACUUGUACUUUAACAUGGUAGAACAAGGCUAGAAUAAUAGGACUCACCGAGAAUU